AGAAAAGCGAGAUCCGCUCUUUCACUAACGAUCCUGCGUGUUUCCGCGUGGAAUAAUUUCCGAUUUUUUCCUCUGCUUGUGGGUACUGUCUUUCUCUCCUCCGAUCCCUGGCCGCGCCGUCGUGCACCGCUGUCGCCGAUUGUGGGCAGUAUUUCAUUGCAGCAGCGGUUUUGCUCAACGUGGAAAGUUGCGAAGCUUUUCCUUCUUCUGAACUGCCUUUUACAUUUACUUUGCUCACUUCUCCCCGUUCUUGGGAACUGCGGCUCGUGGACACUCGAACUGUGGCGAAGGAGCGACGAUCGUUUGAGCCUGCGGUGCGUCCUCUCUUGACCGACCGUCCUUCGAAGGCAUCCCCUUGCACAACAAUCUGCCAACGCGUUUCUCCCCCAGCACGCUUCCGCGUCUUUCCCUCGUUUUCUCCCCCGCGUUUUGACAACCCGCUCGUACGCCAACGCUCUGCGCUUGGUGUGUCCACUCCUCGAUUUGUGCCACUGCGCUGUCGUCGAUCCGGCUUUUCUGGGGCUGCGACUGCGCCGCGUUUUCCCAGGAAUCACGCGUCGCAUCAGCUUCUCUUCCACGAGUUUCUGCUUCGGUUAAGCUGCAAAAAUGGCGUUCAAGGGCAUGUGCCUUGCGGAGGGGAUGUCCUCAAAGAGGGUUCUCCGGAACGCUCUGUUGCUCGCGCCUUUCCUUUCCGCUUCCCUGGUUCCAGGUGUCGUCGUGCAGCGCGAAGGCACCUUUGUUACUGCGGCAUCCACCCCGCCAAGGGAAGCCCACGCUAACUUCCUGGACCGUGGCGUUGGGGAAGGAGAUUCCGACCAGUACCCGCUUCUGACUGGAGGGGUAAACGACUCUUUCAUGCUCACGGGAGAGCAGGAACAAGAUGAGCAGCAGCAAAACACCUUGGUCAACUUAAACGUGGGGUACGGUGGAGAACAUGGACACGAUAUGCCGCAGUUUGCUGUCCAAGGAGCGAUCGAAGGCGAGAACCGCGAGGAACAGCCCAACCGUUCAAUGAAUCACCAUUUCUACGAGAGGCGUGGAAUGGGGAAGAGGAGAGCGGGCCGAGGACGGAAGUCAGGGAUCGCACGCAGACACUCUAGUGAAACGCGCAACAGGUCUACCAUUGCCACCAUCGCCGUCCAGACUAUCAUUGCCGUCGGUGUCCUUGCCGCCGGAGCGACUUUUGCCUUGCGUCAACUCGCGGAGGUUCGCAGAGCAGCUGUGGAUGCGGAGAAGGCUGCGCUGCUGGAGAUCCAAAGAAAACAUAAGGAGGAAGCUGUAAGUCUGCGACAGCAACGACGCGGCCGAGGUGCACGGAAAUCCACAUGCUUGCAGAUUUGCGCUCUGCUCCAGCUCAGCAGCACAUGGAACGGAGACAGACAAUAAGGUAGCUGACAACACCCGCGAAACUGACGGAGUUUACCAUUCAGCGCCACUUCCAUUUCCUGAGAUCGCGAUGGCAAUUGAGGAGCCGGCGAAUCGGUUAGUGUUGCAGCAUUUAGGGGGCCUCUCUGCACAGAUGCUGUUGCGGAUUGCUGGUCGACUGCAGGCAGCGGAGACGUGGAUGAACGCCUACAUCGUUUCCUCCACAGAGGUUUUCUCGCCUUGCGCCAGCCGUUGAAGAGAGGAUGCUUGACAAGGUCCACCCUUCGUGACACUCAGAAUGCCGCGUAAAAUUCAAAGAGUUGUUUCGUAACUCGCGUUUCAUCUUUGAUUUAACUUCUGCGCAAAUGACCUUUCUCUCAGACGGUGAGUUGCACGUACUUUAUCCUUUCCGUACGUGAAUCACUACAUGACUGCGCCGACAUAAAUCUGAUAGAUGAUCUACCCAAACUGAAGAAGGUAAGACCUGGUCGAGUUUGCUUCCGGAUGAGGACACGACUCGGAAUUCCUUGAAAUCCGCCCGCGACGAGUUCCCACCGAUACCGGCUUCCUGAAAGAGCGCGGAGACACUGAUCACACAUGCGCUCACUUCGACCAGCAUAUGCUUCGCGUUUUUUUAAUACUUCCAUACUCGUCUGAGAGAAGAACGCGUCUAUGUCUCCAUUGUGCCCUUUCGUACUCCAGGAACACGAGCAGCUCGUAUGUUUGGACGCAAGAACGGGGUAAUAUGAGUACCUAGAUGGCUUCGUUGAAGACAUGAAUACCAAGAUGUAUCGGCGACGGCCUCGAGAACACGGAGCUCGGAACGCAUUUUGCUUCAACUCAAGCAGCUGGCGAUGUCCGGGAGAGAAAUCUUCAAAAUCUCUGCGAUGCGAGUGAUUCAGGCAAAGGGACGUGCGACCGGGUUUUCGGCGGCCGUCGUUCCGUGCCAAUCCAGUUCCUGGCUCACAUUUUGUGAUGUCCGCUUUUCUUUGGGUCUCAACAAAAACCGCUGAGGGCGGGGGCGAUCCGUUCACUCAGUGAACCCGUGGUCCACGAGCUAAGCAAGGCACCAGUGCAGAUCGAUGGAG